GCGACACGAUAGUGUCUUUGAAUAACGCUUUCCCCAGGGAAUACGUCUACAGCGAUUUUUCCUAAGGAACGCUGAUUCGAUCGCGGUAGGAAGGCAUGAAUGAAAUCGCCUCGUGCCACGAGUCAGGUGGUGGGGCGAUAGGUAAACGUGUGGACGCGGCUUAAACGUGGGUGGACCGCGUUGCGGAGCGGCGAUCCGUAGCGACGCGAUUCACCUCCGGGGCGGACGGAAGCGUCGCGUGCGCGUUUGUGAACGAGCCAAAAGGGAAAACGCGUGCAUCAACGAGAAAGAGCACAGACGUAGGCGGAGUCGAUGCUGACGAAAACAGUGAAACUUGCACAUGCGCCUUAUUAAAGUACCACCCACAAUCAUCGCGACCAGACUCGUACACCGAGUCAUUAUCAUUCUCAGAGAAAUUUUAGAAAAGAGCCGAACAGAAUGGUCGGACGUGCGUGCCUUAAGGCGAUCUCUAACAACCGAGUCUUCUCCUUUUUCUACCGGCACUGUUUCGCAUCGCUGCAGUCGCAUAGUUCUCGUUCAACACUUCGAGGAUUCGGUCCAGUUGCGGGGCUGGACAAAACCGUUGAACGGCAAAAAAGAAUCGCUCAAUGAAAACGCUUGAUAACGUCUGGGUAUAUCGCGGAAGAACGCGCGAUCGGAGCAAUUAAAACGCGACUCGGUUCCGUUUUGUUUUAUACAAUCGAGAAAGUUGAUCCCCACGGUUGAACAUGAUUUUCAAGCCGAUCUAAUUUCAAUUGAUUACUUUUUCUAUCCACCGCUCUUCUAUGGUAAUUGAGCCGUCUAUGAAAUAAAAAGUAAAAUUCCUAAAGGAAUCUUAUAAAUUUUCAUUCAACGGAGGAACGUAAAAUCGAAGAAAUAAUAAAGAUAUGCGAACAGGGUGAAAAAGAAUGGUGGACCACCUAAUGUCACGAUCGCGACGAGAUAAAUAAUCGCGAUGGGUGGGCGCUAGGCGCGUUUCCAAAACGGGCACGGGUUACAGCCACCACCUCGUGGCUCCCUGUAGGGAGUCGGUCUCCGCUGUUGCCCCCAUAAGGUGGUACAGAGCUCCAGCCGUGUGUGAGAAUCCAUUCCAGUCGAUUUCACAGGGGUUGCAGGGGGUCUAACUUUGAAUUUCGCUUUCUUUUCUUCCAUCUCUUUCCUUUCUUUUCUGCCCGUGUUUUUCGAAUGAUUUCUCGCGUGAACUUAUUUCGAUCGUGAUCCCCGAUGGAAACCCCGCUGGCGGACCUUGAAAAUGGGGCUCGGGAAAAUUAGGCUCUUGUUCUUCGUUAAUCCUUCGAGAGAAUUUUGUAAUAACAGAUCGACUUAGAUUUCUUAACUACGAUCCAUGCAUUACUCCUAGAAAAAUUUCAAUUAUUUCUUGCAUCAAUUCGAAAUGAACAAUUAACCCUUAAUUGAAAUGAAACGAAGAAAUCCCCAAUAUAGUGAUUCUGGAAGGGAAGGAUCGAGCCGAAGGUGCUGGUACUCGGGCACCCUUUGGUGGAUAACCUUGAGCCUGUUAAGGGCACAUAGGUGGAUUAGUUUGAUGGAUGAAAGGUUAAAUAGCUGGCAGAGGUAUCCGGAAGGUGGGUGUACUCGUUAGUGUUGGAUCCCGCCUACCGUCCAAUACGGUGGCUGGUUUCCCAGGGGACUCGCUAGCCUCUCGCCAGCGGCUUUUGUGGUCCCUUCUCCUUCUCCACGUACGGCACUCUUUUGCUUUCAGAAGGAGGACUCGGUGUGUCGUGGCUUGUCCGUGUCACCGGUUUGCAUCGUGCUCCGCGAUAAUAGGCACCGUAGGUUUCCUGGGUUAGUGCGCGCAACACGCUCGAGACUCCUCAGCUCGAUUCGACCCGCUCGGCUUACUCGCUGCCGCGAUUCAUCGACCGAUGUCAGUCCUUGCGAUCGAACGAUCGAGACCGGAUCGAUCGUCCUCCGACAGGAUACUCCCGGUACACGCAGCUUUCGAUCUUCUUGUCAGUAUGACAGAGUGAAUUCGUGGAUCCAUCGUUUGUAGAUCGGUGGAGAUUUUCCUUGGAAAAUCGGUGGGAUUUCGAAGCGUCGAUUGUUGUUGAAUUUCUUUGAAUUUGAAAGAUUAGAUUAGUGGAGGAUUCCCAGGGAAAUUAUGGAAAUUUCGAAAGCUUAGAUCGCUGGAGGAUUUCCUGGGAAAUUGUGAAAAUUUGGAGGAGCGUAGAUCACUGCAGGAUUCCUUGGAAAAUCAUGGAAAUUUGAAGCAUAGAUCAUUGAUGAGUUCUGGGAAAAAUUAUUGAAACUUGGAGAGUUCCAGUAUUGGACUAACAGUGUUAAAUUAAGACAUUUUUGUACGAAUUAUUAAAGAACUGAUUAUUUUGCAAUCGAAGCAAAGAAAUUGUUUUGAUUGUGAUAUGGUGAUUCAUGGUGAAUUCCCGUACACAAGGGUUGCUUGAACACGCAGAGAAGCAUAAUGUUGUUCAAGGGUAACAGUUCAAGGCUGGAAUUGUUGAUAGGGAAAAUCCAGGCCCAUAAGGAACCCUCUCAGGACGAGCAACAUAAAUCCAAAGAAGUCUUGGGAACCGGAAGUUCGUCGUGGCAGAGCGAGGAUGGCGGGCCAAACUCGCGACGCGGAGGUGAGACACCGUCGUCUUGCGCGACGCCGACGUCGGUCAGCUUUCCGUCGGAACCUGAAGUGGACGCCGACGUCGGUGUUAACCCAGAUGGUAAUAACGUAAACGCGCCUUAUCCUUGUCAAUUUUGCGAUCGCACCUUCCCACGGCUGAGCUACUUGAAGAAACACGAACAGAGUCACGGCGAUCAGAUGCCUUAUAGAUGCAGCUGGUGUGCCAGAUUGUUCAAGCAUAAACGCAGCAGAGAUAGACACGUGAAACUUCACACGGGAGACCGAAGAUAUCGAUGCACGCACUGCGAGGCUGCUUUCUCCAGGAGCGAUCAUCUGAAGAUCCACAUGAAAACCCACGACACCCAGAAGCCGUACCAAUGUACAGCCUGCUCGAGGGGAUACAACACGGCGGCCGCGUUAACGUCUCACAUGCAGUCGCACAAAAAGCAUCAUCAGUCUCAGGGAACGACGAAACUGCAGCAGGAGGUGGAUUACGGACGAAGGAGCGUCUCUUCUCACAGCACAUCGUCGCCUCCGGUACCGAGUUCCCCGUCGCCCUCUUUAAAUCUCACCUUGAAUCCCAAGUCCGGAUUGAAGAGUUCGCAAGGCAGCUGUUCCACCACACCGAUCUUGACCUCCCCUCUGAAGCUCGCCUGCAUGUACUGCACCAGAGACUCGUUCAGCUGCAUGCAGCAGCUUCAGAUGCACGUGCACACGAUGCAUCAAGCGAUUUUGAGCGGAGAGAGCGUCGGUGUGUCGCCUUCGCCUAACAGAAGCAACGAGCAGAUCGCUUAUCAGCGUGACAAAACGUUGGACCGACCCGAAGGAUCCUCUAACGAUCACGAGAGGAAGUAUCAAGAGGAUUCACAGCGGAAGGAUCAUUACGAGAACGCGUUUACCUGCAAUCAGUGCACCAUGAAGUUCUCCACCUUGGGUUCUUUGAGGGAUCAUUUGGUUUCUAUACACAGGACCGACGGGUUCGGCUCUACUUUGAUGAUGUGCCCGUUGUGCGGCAUCCCUUGCACCUCUGCAGCAGCCUACGCGGAACACUAUGUACUCCAACACUGUGAAAAUCGACGGGUAGAUCCUCUGGAUGGUCGAGAGUACGUGGGCUUGAAAUUGAAUGGCACUUACGACUCGAAGAACAACAGAGGUCAGAAGUGUAGGGAGCAGACUCCGUCCGAGCCAGCUGAUCUGACUAAUAAACAUUCUACCGAGAGUAGUUACACCGCUGGAACUCUGUUCUGCGGUCAGUGUGGCGCCGCUCUGAAGGACUUUGAAUCGUUCAGAGAACACCUGGCCAGGCAUCUUCAAGCUGACCAUAGAAACGACGUCGUCAGACAUCCUUGUCCCAAGUGCGAGGCUACUUUUCAGGACAAGGAGGACAUGCUGGUACAUCUGACGAAGCACUACCUUGGUCAAGUCAGCAAGGAGUACGCGUGUGGAGCGUGCAAGAAGCUCUACCCUCAUCCUGAUCUUCUUCAGAGACAUCUGCUCGACAGCCACGCGCAUCAUUUGUACAGGUGUGCCCUGUGCAGGGACACCUUCGACACCAGGGUAGCUAUACAAGUUCAUUUCGCUGUGAAACACAGCCAGGAGUGCAGGAUCUAUCGGUGCAACGCUUGUACCGUUUCUAACAAUGAGAAUUCGCCUGGAAACGCUCCUGGAGAGGGGAAGAGCUUCUUCAGGAGCGAAUCUGAGAUGGCGAACCAUGUGAGGAACGUGCAUGCACCAUCUACGAUAUCCAGCAAAAGUCCAGCAGCUACCAGCCCAGCUUCCACUCCUGGAAUCACUGCAUCCUCUGGACCCAGGUGCGUUUUCUGCGGAAUCUGUUGCGGCUCGGAACUGGAGCUGCAACUUCAUCUGGCCAGCCAUUCGGCUAGCCUGUACAGGUGUCCUGUAUGCAGGGAGGGCUUCGCUGUAGAAUUCUUGCUGGAUAGACACAUCGCUCAAGCGCAUCAUUCCACUGACCAUCAAGCCACUGUCAGAAGCAGUUCCCGAGAGAAUGGAAGGAUUGCUAGAUCGUCGAGAUUGCAGGAAGAGUCAAAGUCCCAGAAAAGGGGUCGUUCGCCAGCGUCCAGCAACAACAACACCCUCAACCAACGUGACAACAACAAUAAACGUCCCAAGUACAUCGGCGCAGGUUCCCAACAGUGCGACCUCUGCGAGAGAGGAGAGUUUGCCAACGAAGCAGAGCUUCAGGCGCACAAAAAGGUUGCUCACGCUUCAGCUAAAUUACAAAACAAAUCCUUGUCGAACCUCAGUAUGACCUGCGCCUAUUGCGGUGAGAUGUGCCGAUCACGGACCGAGCUUGAAUCUCACACCAGGAUCCAGCAUGCUUCCAACGAGCCUGGAGGACGUCACAAGUGUAACAUCUGCGACGAGGUGUGCCCAUCGGGAGCCACCCUUGCGGAGCACAAAUUACAGAAGCAUUGCAAAAUCCAGUUAAGCGACACCUGUAUCGUUUGUCGAGGAAGCUUGACCUCGGAGUCGCAGUUCCUCGAACACGUUCAGAGACACAGCCUGGAGAACGUGGAUCCUCAGCAACGGCUCGAUGGUUCGCUUCCACACUUACCAGCAGCUUGCGUCGUUUGCAGACAAACGUUGAUCAGCGACCUAGAGUGUCGUCUCCACGCCAGGCAUCAUCUCAGGGCUUCCACUGGCUCUCACAGUGUAGGAUCCAGUCCAAGUCCCAAUCAGAAGAGCCAGAAUCCAACUUGUUGCCUUUGCCUGAGGGAUUAUUCCGUAGACGACUUCGUCAGUCUGCCUCCAAGUCACAUCAGCGGUGGAGCACAGUCUCUGAGGGUCUGCAAAUCGUGUUACAUUCGUCGCUCGCAAGGUCUACCGAUCUUGAACUCGCCUUACGAAUCUGCUAGACCAAAGUGUGACAGAACUUGGACAUCGAGCAAGGAGCCUCCCAUGGAAGGUUCCAGGGACAGGUGGGAGGCUGAGCGUAGUUUCAAGACUGAGGAAAGGGUGAACGAGACGAAUGACAGUAUCAGGUGCCAGAAUUGCGGGGUGAAAUUUGAAGACCCUGAAGAAGUAGAGAAGCAUAGGAUGGUGGAGCAUGAGAAGAAUGGGCCUGGAUCGAACACGUACACCUGUAUACAAUGUCAGAUGUCAUUUCCAACAGAAGCCAAGAUACAGCAACACGUGAGAAAGGAACACCUCGAGGCGUCAGGGAAAGCUUCUGUCGAUGCACUGAGGUGCCAUUUAUGCCUCUUCGAAGCUAGCAGUCCCUUACAACUGCAGAGUCAUUUGAUAGAACACACCUUCGCUGGAUGUGCUGCUCUUAGCUGUUAUAUUUGCCAGUCUCUGUUCACUGCUCCCAUUGGGCUUCAGAAUCACAUGUUACAAGAACAUGGUUUGGGUGCUCGCCCCUAUGACUGCUCCAAGUGCACCCUCAAAUUCUUCUUCAGGGCUGAGUUGGACCAUCAUAUGCUGACGUUUCAUCGACCUGGAGACGCGUCUUCGCCUACUGAAAACGUGCAGAAUGUAACCGAAACAAAAACAAGGGACACUGAAGAACGAAUAUGCAAUGAGGAGGUCACAGUGAAGGAAGAACUGCUUCCAGACGCUGCAGAGGAAGACGAAGAAAUUAACGUCGAUGAGCAAGUGGAACAAGAUGAUCCAGAAACAGAUAAACAAUCAGACGUGGAUAAGAAAUUAAAAACAGAAAUAGAGAGUGAUUCCAUUACUGAGAAAAUGGAUUCGUGAUCCUUCUUUGUUUAUUGAAAAGCAAAUUUUAUAUAAACUUGAACAGUUAACGAGGAUGAGUGCAACGUAUAGAAAUUAACUUUUUAAAGAAGGAUUGCGCUCAUUUUCAAAGACUAAAUUGAAAUUGAUAAGAUGAAAGAGAUGUCUCAGGAUUUUAUUAAUAGAUUGUGCUAAAUAUAAAAUUUUCUUUUGAUAAAAUAUAUAUAUUAGCACAGCUUUGAUAAAAAUAAAUCCUGGGUUAGACAGAAUAUUGAUAGGCUGUAAAUAUAAGAUUCUGUGUCACAGAAUACUUUGUUCAGCUUUUAAUUAACAUUCUCUAAAGAGAAAAGGGUCAAAGUUUGAUACCAAGUUACUGGUUUCACAGUAAUAUUAAGUUUUUGUUAAAUAUUGUUUAUUUAAAUACGGAGACCUAUCCAAUAGAAUUUAUGUGUAAACUAUUUUAUACGUAUAUAAAAGCGCGUGAAGUGUUUUUGUUAAAAGACUACAGCGUUUGUUCAGUUUCAUUAUCUUUAAUGUUUCUAUAUAAAUAUCUUACAUUCUUUUAUGUAGUUGAUUAGAAUAUCAGGCGUUGACAUAAAACUUUUGUUAAAAAGUAGAUUAUGCAAAUUCUAGUUAUUAUUCCAAGAUGUAUCUUUCUUUUCUUUUUCUUUUUUAUUAAGAAGAUCACAAUGUUCAUGAUCAUAAAAUAUUUUGUAAUGUUGAAGCUGAAUAACUUGAUGUUUGUUGUGUGAACGAUUUCUUUAUUUUGUUAAUAUGCAAAUUUAAACUGUAAAAUUCUGACAGUAAAUUACAGUGUUAAAUUUUCAUAUGAAUGCAGUUGUAAAAUGAGAAACUUGUUGUUUCUUACUGCAAAAAGGAAAAAAGAGGGAGAAAGGUAAUUGAACAUACUGUUUGAUGUUAUAAUUUGUACAUACGUUGAAUAGUAUUAGUAAGUAUUAGCCGCGUUUCAUCGAGUUACUCGUAAUUAUUAUUAUUUAAAAAAAGCAGAUGCAAUAACCUGUCCACUAGGCUUAGUAAUUCGAUAAGAUAGUUCUUUACAAAAUAAAUUAUUGUUUUAAAUCAU